AAUUUUGAGUAGGAUAGACGCGAAGUCACUAACUAGUAUUGUGUUGAGGGGGAAAUUGGUAGAAUUAGUUGACUAGUGGUAUUGAAAUACGUAUUAACGUAUUAUAGCUCCUCUAGCUAAUACUCUAAGCUUGAGCUAAAUACCCAACUAAGCCUCAGGGUCCACAUUCCAUCCCUACUUACAAGAUUUAUCCAGUGAAGAAAAUUAUAUUUUUUCAAAAUGUUGCAAACAGAAGAAAGAAUUCAGACAUUACAGCAAACUUCAACAAUACCCAAAACUCCGUUUGCCAUUCAGGAACUUUUAGGGCUCACAAACUCAGGAGAGCCAGAAAUGGGAAUGAAAGGGGGUUCUGGGGCGCAGGAGGUUGUGCCCCCAUUUUCAGGGUACACCCCUCGCAGCUCUGGCAUGCUGCAUCCUUCAAGUAUGGCUGAUCAAUUCUCUCUCUCUCAGGCAGCAUCUAGAAUGUACUUCAACUCUCAGUUCUUCCCUGGGAUGGGCGGUAUGAUGGGCGGGAUGGCUGGGAUGGGCGGAAUGGCUGGUAUGGGCGGAGUACCUGCCCAGAAUCCGAUGCAUACGAUGAACAUGAAUAUGCUUUACAUGGAUUCCUUGCAGAGAGGAGGGGAUGCCUGCUCCUCCGAUCUUGAGAAAUCCCCCCUGUGUGGUGGGGUCCUGGGGAAAAAGAAGAAAAAGAAGAGACGACAUAGAACUAUAUUUACUUCUUAUCAGUUAGAGGAGCUUGAAAAGGCAUUUAAAGAUGCGCAUUAUCCUGAUGUUUAUGCUCGGGAGAUGCUCAGCUUAAAGACUGAUCUACCAGAGGACCGGAUACAGGUCUGGUUCCAAAACCGUCGAGCUAAGGAGCGUAAAACAUCUAAGACGUGGGGACGGGGGAGUAUAAUGGCUGAGUAUGGACUCUACGGAGCAAUGGUUCGACACUCUCUUCCUCUACCGGAUACUAUUCUUAAAUCAGCAGAAGUAGAUGAAUGCGUAGCACCCUGGUUACUAGGUAUGCACCGCAAGUCAAUGGAAGCAGCCCAUACUCUAUCUAAUGAAAUUCUACGCGACAAAAAGGACGGAAUCCGUCAAACAGACGAGUCUAGCGGAGACGAGUCGGACGACAAUGUGGACACCAAACCAAAUAUAGAAGAUAAAGACGAUUUUCGUUCAAAUAGCAUUGCGGCAUUACGCGCCAAAGCGCAGGAACAUUCGGCCCGGUUAUUUGGCUCUGAAAGUCAGAAGGUUUACGGGUCACAUGACUUGACCCAACAGCAACAGCAGUCUAUGUACCCAAUGGUAGAAAAUUCAAACUCAGUUUUCUAAACUUUUGAAUUAUCGAAAUUUUUGAUAAAGUGAUUCUGUGUAUAUAUAUGAUAUAUAUUAAUUAAAAAGUGAUAUGUAUGUAAGCUCUCUCAACCAGUUUUAUGUUGCUCCUUGCUUUAAUUAGUACAUAAUUAACUCUUAUCAUAAAUCAACAGGUAUCUCUAAAGUGUAAAAUAACUUUAUAUAUAAAUUGAUUUAAAAAAGAAUAUUUUUAGCCACAUUUACUAACACAUGCUUUAAAAAUAAUCAAAUAUAAUCGUAGGAGAAAAUUUCUGUGGAAAAAAGACAACACACUCACUUUGGAAUUUGCAAAAUAGAUUCACAACCACAUAAUCUUAUGUAAUUCAUGGCCUAGCUUUUAAAGAUGCCAAGUAUAAUUUUAUUCCUAAAAAAGCUUCACAUAUUUAUGUCUCCUUAUCAAAUUAUUACCUAUUCAAAACGAAACAUAUUUUUGUUUACAAAAAAGUGUACUGAAAUUUCUGGAAGGAAUGUAAAGUGUAAACCAACUCUGCGUUCCUCCAAAAACUAUUAACUCCCAUUGUGUACAAACCAAAGAAAAAUUAAUUCUAGUUCUAAAUCAUCAAUUUUG